UCGCGAUUUCAUUGGUCAGUUGUAGUGUUUGCGUUAGACGGUAAAGUAACACGCAUGUCAUUGGUCUGUUUCUCAUGUCUGCUGAUGUGCCGGGUUGGGGGGUUGUCUUGUAAGCCAAAAUUGUUUAGCAUUUUUGUUGUAAUACUGGUUUUUAUGUUAUCUUCUUUCUACGAGCACUACUAGUGUUGUUCAAACAGGACGCAAACUGAUCUAGUCGUGGCUAACUAGCGUUACAUCCAUAUCUGGCUAACAGAAGCUAACGCUGGCUAGCUGAUCAGUCGAUAUAGUUUAUUCGCAUUAACGUUAAAAUGGGUGAAGAAAUUAACGACAACCUCAUCGAUACAGACUGUAGACCUGCCAAUGACACCAAUGUUGAGGAAAACGGCGAAACAGUAGAAGGAAGUGUAAAAUAUUACACAUUAGAAGAAAUAAGAGUACAUAAUAUGAGCAGUGACACAUGGCUCAUCAUCCACGAUAAAGUAUACGACAUCACAGGUUUCCUUGAAGAGCAUCCAGGAGGUGAGGAGGUUUUGCUGGAGCAGGGGGGUACAGAUGCAACAGAGAGCUUUGAGGAUGUGGGUCAUUCCACAGAUGCCAGGGAGAUGCUUGAGCAGUACUUCAUUGGGGAGCUUCACAUGGAUGACAGAAAAAAGGAACCGGCAAAGGACGCAAAUGCCACAAAUUCAGGAGAGUCCAGCAGCUCCUGGACCACGUGGUUGAUACCUGCUAUCGCUGCAACUGUCAUUGGUAUCGUGUAUCGCUACUAUAUGUUUGAACACAAGUCCUCUUGAGUGCUGACAUUCUGUUUUCAUCUCAUUCUUUUCAUCUGGAGGCCUUGAAAUGUUUGACCAAAACCUCCUCACACUGAACGCACACAGUUACUGUUGGGAGUGUCUGCAUCCUUUGCAACAAGAAAAGGAGGGGAGCAGUUUGAUAAAGUACUUUUGUCCUUUGUCCAUCGACAUGCAUUGAGAGCACCUAAUAGGCAGUUGGGCAGAGACUUUAUUAAAUUGUCUGCCUUCAGUUUCUUUGUAUUUCAUUGUCACUAUGCCUGUUUUCAUAAUUGUAAAAUGUUGUCUUUAACUUACAUAUUCAUAUGCAUUUGACCCAGUUUGGUCUUUAUAUGUUAAUUAGCCAAUCGCCCACUCAGAAAAAACUUUUUUUGUUUACUGCCUGGUUUAUCAACAACCAUUUGUACACAGACAAAAUGGAAACACUGAAGGAGAGUGGGAGUAUUUUUUUUUUUUUUUUUACAAGACGCUGCAAGGGUUUCAAUACAUAGAUACAUAGUUUUUAUUUUCUUAGAAAUGCUACUGCUACCUAAGUCAGUUUGACUUAUGAAUUUAUUCCAUUCACUCCUUACUGCACAGUUCUGGUGUUCAGCUCUGCUUGAUUGCAUUCAUCACUUGGUUUUAAACACAUAACCUUUCUAAUCAUGCAAAUGUGUCUGUUUCUUUUGAAAUUGGUGGUAAAUUAUAUUGUCAUUAAUUAAUUAAGGUAUAGAAUGUGUUAUGAUCUGUCCCCUUGUUUUCUACAGUUCUGCUGCCAGGAAUUUCUGUAAAUGUUAAAAAUACCUGAUUAACAGAUGUAUAUAAAUUAAUGUAGUAUGUAAUAAAACAAUAUUUUAUAACUCAGAUAUGAUGGCUGAAAAGGAAUAACUUGAGUGAAUCCCCUUGACAGAAGAGAACUAUUUGUUAUUUGAUUGUUCUGUUUUAAAAUGUUUUGUCAUUUGUUAUUUAACUGAUGCUUUUUCACAACUUUCUUUCAUUGUGGUUUAGCUUCACUUUUCGUUUUGGGUGAUUGGUAUUGUCAGCUGUCACUGAAGGGUUUGAGAUGUUUUGAAUGAAGUCCAGUUUGUGUUUCUUGAUUGGCCGCUGUUGGCAAACUGGUUGACUUGGCAGUUGUCAUUAGAGCCAUAGAUGCAAGUCUUUGAAUCUGCAAUUGGUAACUACAUAUUUAAUGCAAUGUAUUUUAGUUGUCUUUGAUUUCAUUAGGUUGCUUUUCAGAUCUUGGUACUCAUAAAUAUGAUUUGGUUCAGUUCAGUUUUGCAUUGCAAAAUCACUGUCCAUUGAAUAUUCUGAAAUAGACAUUGCCAUUAUUUUUAUUUCAUAUUACUAUUGGAAAAAGCAUUUUCCAACUACAAAGACCAUAAUAAUUUGAAAUCCAUUAACAGUCUGUUAAUACAAAAGACUUCAUUGUUUAGGAAUAUAACUUGCUGCUAUUUUUACAUGUGACCAUGAUAUUAUUUGCGGAUUUGCAGAAAAUUUACUAGAUCAACUUUAAAUUGCCAUUUAUUUGCAUUCAACUGCCAUUUCAUGUCAUUAAAAGCCUCUUUGAAUAAAAUGAAUCUUUAAAACAG